GACAGCUGUGUUACUCCUCAGGUCUUCCUCCAUCACACCUAACCCAAGACUUACUCCCAGUUCUUCCAUUAUGUACAGGGCACGUCACCCUGAUGCUCCUGGGAGCCGUGGCACUGGGGGCCACACCAUGCACUAUGUGAGGCGACCAGUGAGGGAGCAGAUGCGUGAGUCUAUACCGGCAGUUGUGGUGGGAGUCACACUGCUGUUGGUUGGCAGUGGUCUUCUCUUCUGGAAUGAGGGACGUGCAGUGCAGACAUCCCGCAGCCUAGAUGAGGGAUAUAACUCCAUCAUACGGGUGCCGGGUGCUAAUAUUGUGCACGAAGAGAACAAUCAUAAGCUGGUUCACGUGUGGGGGACGAUUUCAGCCUCGCCGGUGCUGACAGACGACACUUAUGGCGUGGAGAUCAACGCUGUCAGACUAAAGCGACGAGUCCAAAUGUAUCAGUGGAUCGAGGAGGAGUCAUCAAUACGGUCAGAAGAAACCCCGGGCAUGCCAACAGACACUUCCUAUUCCUACUCAUAUGCCUGGAGGGACAAAGUGGUUGACAGCUCAUCUUUCAACAUCCCGUGGGGUCAUAGUAAUCCCACGUCUAUUCCAGUACCACCGAUAAUUCAGGUUGCAGAGACUGGCAAGCUGGGUGCUUACUAUAUGAGUCCUGCAAUCAAGGAAAGGUUCACUGAGUUCGUCUCAUUCUCUGGUGAUGAACAGCCAGAAGGGGAUGACAUCAAGCUGCACGGGGGGAUGUACUACAUAACGCGAGACAUCUACAACCCUGACAUCGGGGAUUUGAGGAUCCAGUUUUACUUUGCAGGACGUGCUGGUGAAGUGGUGAGCAUUAUUGGACAGCAGAUAGGGGAGACACUUCACCCAUACCUGACCAGUAACGGGAGAGAGUUGCUCAUUGUACACGUGGGCAAGCGUACGGUGGAGGAGAUGUUUUCCUCGGAGCACGCACAGAACCGCUUCCUGACUUGGAGCCUACGUUUGGGUGGCUGGUUCCUCAUGUUCAUCGGCCUGGCGUGUGUCUCAAAUAUUGUUAAUUCACUUGUGGGAUGUUCUCCACUCAUGAGAGAUGUAGUUGCCCUUGGAUUAGGAUCAGCUAAUCUCACCCUGAGCAUGUCCACUUCGCUGAUUAUUAUCGGAGGUGCUUGGGCCAUCUAUCGACCAGGACUCGCUCUUCUCAUCCUCAUUGUGGCGGCGCUUCCGUUCAUCCGAGCAGCCGCCAAGCAUUCACCGACAGAAGGAUCGUCGCGCAGAGCAAACGGGUACAGAGGCAGCCCGUGAGAGUAACUAUGUGCUCAACUGACUUCUCAUCUCUUUACAACUGACAAUACUGGUAUUAUAGGUGUCAAUGUUUUUGUGGCAAUACAAGUAUUUACAGAUAGGUAUAUAUUAGGGGACAACAUUGUUAAGGCUAUCUCUUUAUUAACCCCAUCACUACGGGGACGCCAACUCCAGACGGCUUUAUUUAGUUCAGAGGAGGCACAAGGGGUUAAUUAAAUUUGUCUAUUUUGUACAAGAAUGACAUACAGGUACUGGUUGUUUGUACUGUAGGGAAAUAUUCCAAACAGAUCUCAUAUGGACAAGAUGAAACAACUGUAACUUCAAAAACAUUAAUUUAUAGAUAUUUAAUUGACUCUGUUUUGAUGUAAAGACCUUUAUAAAUUUUUUUUUUGCUCUGUGAAUUCCCAUCCAGAAACAUGGCAAACUAGUUCAUAAAAAUGAAUGUAAAUUUAAUACAAAAAGAGACCUGGCACAUCAAGGAAAUCUGUCCAUGUCAUAAAUUAUAUUGAUGACCAGGUUCCCAGUACUGUCAUCUGUUUCUUAAGAUUUUAUAUUGUGAAUUCUCUCUUAAUACUUUUGAAGUGUCGAUGAACUAGUGUAAUUAUUGACCUUGUUACGUGCUUAGAGACCCUAGUUGUUGAAGUGCAGUAAUAUUAUAACAUCAAGAUCAAGAUCAUAUUUACAAAUAAUUCUGACAAAUAAACAAAUUAUCCCACCUGUCGUCACUGGUUUUUGGGCCGUGUAAUCCAAUAGGAUUUUUUUUUAAUCUCUCUUAUUCAGUGACUCGCGUGGAGUUAUUAUCCGUGACAUUAUUUAUGGCUCGUAACAACUUGUAUUUGCCACUUCAAACUGAAUACCAUACUUGUGAGUGAAGGAAGAAGUGAAAUAUUUCCUACAGUUAGAUAGAAAUUCAGAAAAAGAAGAAGAAAUGUCUGAAAAGUCAAGUUCAUGAGAAAGUAACAAAGAACAGACCAAUUACCCAAAUGUAAGGUGAAAUGUUAAUACCAAUUAGUUUUACGGAUAUAUAUAUAUUUUUUUUUGUUUUAGUGAUUAUUUGGGCGAAACGUUUAUUAAGGAAGUUUUGCAAUACAGUUUUCUCAUUGUUUGGGUAUUGAGCUUGGUGGUGAUUGAUGGUGGUAGGUUUGUUUCUGAAGUUUGACGAUAUUUUCAUCAUUCAACCUUGGGCGGUAUUUGGUGACAUUGUGUGUUGAUAUGCUCCCAAGUUGACUAUAUGCUCACUGUUCGGGUUUGGUUAUGCGGUAUUUUGUGUUGGUUUGUUAUGCUCUCAAGUUGACGAUAAGCUCACUGUUCGGGUUUGGUUAUGCGGUAUUUUGUGUUGGUUUGUUAUGCUCCCAAGUUGACAGUAUGCUCAGGUUUGGUUAUAUUGUACUGUAGUGACAUGUUUAUUUUCUUAAGUUGACCACUCUCUCAUUGUUCAGGUGUGUUCCAUUGUCAGAUGUCAGGGCACAGAAUGUAAUUAUCAUUCAUGGUGACGGUUCAGUAUUAGUUCCUUAAGUAGAUCCGGUGAUGCUGCUUUAAGUCACCACAGAUGUUUUUAUAAUAUAUUAGUUGGUUUGGUACGUUCAGUGUACAUGAUUGUUGGAGAGAGGGGAAGUGUGUUGAAGGGUGAGGGAGGUCAGUUGGCUAUGUUGUGUUGGAGGAAGUGUGUUGAAGGGUGAGGGA